AAUAACCUGACGUGGCUCCAUUGAUGAUUUGUCAUUAGAGAGAGGGAAAGCGAGAGUCAGAGGGUAGUGUUGUUUCGCCACUGAUUACAAUCUGUUUGAUAAGCUCCCUCUUCGCAAAUCCCAUCAGCGUUUGGUAUUAUUAUUAUCACCAGCAUUUUACUACGAUAAUUAUUAUCUUUUUCAUCUCCUGAACGGUAAAUUAUAUAUAUACCUCUCAAUAUGUCAGGUGGACAUUUUGAUCCCUGUGAAUGUAUUUGGAAUCAUGAGAAUGCUAUGAGGAGACUGAUUCAAAUAUUACGGACGUCUCAGUCACACUGUACAAAUGACCAAUGCCUCCAAGAAAUGCCAAGCUUACCUGAGGGACCUGAUGGUGAUUUUAGUAGUAUGAUGUUCAUUACUUUGGGAUGGAUUGUUAUUGCUACAGCACUAUUUCUGCUGCGUCCUGCAAGUCUUCGGAACACAUCUAGUAUGAAGUCUGACCGGAGAUCAGAUUCGCCAGACACCCAGCCUCCAGCUCCUACUCAGUAAGACUGUAAUUAUCAAGAAAUUUUAAGACGUACUAUAAGGAGUGAUCUGUUACUGGAAAUGAUAUUCGUUAUGCAUUUUGGACAUUAAAUGUGAUUCUGUAACUAAAUUUUGACAUGUUUUAAGGACUGCCUUCUUCGAAGGGUCUGAUGUUAGUGUACUUCUUCCCGGUUAUAUCAAGGUUAAUUGCUAUUAACUAUUAAGUGGUGAUGGUUUCCAAAAACUUUUCUUUGUUUUCUUCUUAAUUUUUGUUUGUUUAUUAGCAAAAUCAUUUAAAGAGUUUUCAUAAACUGUUUAAUUUAUUAGAAAGGAAUAGUCUCUUGAUAUAUUUAUAUUUUUAGCAAUUCAGCAUAUAUACAUACACACCCUGCUCUCUCUCUCUCUCCUCUCUCUCUCUCUCUCUAUAUAUAUAUAUAUAUAUAUAUAUAUAUAUAUAUAUAUAUAAAAUAUGUGUGUGUAUACAUGCAUAAUUUUCACCACACUUAUAUAGUCACUGUAGUGUCCUUUUUUUUUGUUUUUUGUUCUGUUAUUCCCUGCUGUUAUGUUGGCACAAGAAAUUUCAGUCAUAUGAGUUGACUGAUAUAGAUGUGAACCAUGCAUAAGUGUGAAUAUAUUUGUGUGUGAGCAUGUGUGUGUGUGUAUGUGUGUUUAUGUUACAUACUGAGUACUCAAGGAAACUGUUUUUUCUUUAAUACAUAUUUGUUGAAAAGCUUUUGGGGAGAUGGACAUUGAUCUAAAGAAACAAUUGCCAGUAAAGUUCAAAUCCAGGGGAAAUUGUAGACAUUAUUAUGCUACUGAAAAUAAUUAAAAAGAAAAAAAUUUGAAUUCAAAUGAAAUUCAGAAAUGGAAGCAUUUAUAUAACUACAAAAAAACAACCUAGCCAUUUUAAACAUCUGAACUGGAUGACUUCUUUACACUUUCGUGGUGAACUAGAUUGAGAAGUAUUUCUAUUACCAUAUUGCUGAGUAAAAUUUUAGUGUUUAUCUGAUUGUAUGAUAGUGAUGAUGAUUGUGAAGAUGAAUGCGCCUUUUCUUAUUAGUUUACUACUAAUAUUUAUCUCUUAGUUACUCCAUGGUUACUUGAAAUUAUCUUUUGCUAUUGAAAUAAAAUUUUCAAGGCAUGUAUUUUAUUAAUA